GGUUCAAUUUGGAAACUGAAUGGAAGAACAAUUUCCCAAGAUUGCGAGAACUGGACAGAGAUGAAUUAUUUGAGAAAGCGCGAGGAGAAAUCUUGGAUGAAAUAAUUAAUCUAUCACAGGUAUCACCUAAACAAUGGGAGCUGCUACUCAUGCAAAAAAUUUGGGAAAAAAGUAUCGACCCAUGUAUUUGAGAACAUUUAUUUACCAGCUGCCACAAACCGGAAGCACAAGUAAUUUCAAUACGACUGUUGAUAUUAAAUUGAAACAAUGGGCGGAACAAGCGUUGCCUGCAAAAUCUGUUGAAACAGGCUGGGAGACGCUACAAGUAGAGUUUGAACAAUUUAUGAAAAAAGCUCAACAGUUACCAGACCACGAUGGAAUAUUUGAUAAUUUAAAAGCUGCUGUUGUCGAUGAAGCGAUGAGAAGACAUUCGUGGGAAGAUAAAGCUUCAGAGAUGUUAAGGAUAAUUCAACUGAACACACUAGAAGACAGAUCAGUUUCGAGUAAAGCCGAAUGGGAUGAAGCAAUCAAAUUCUUAGAAAGUGCUGUCAGAGACAGAUUAGCCCACAACGAAUUGAGAUUGAGGGAGAUGUUGGGGCCCGGUACCAAGGAGAGGUGGCUCAGAUGGGAGAUCCAACACCUGAACAGGCUUUGA